AUGCCGCUCAAUCUUGGUAGUACUAACAGGUCAAUCUGUACGGUUGCUUUGGACCGCACGUUUGAUACGAUUUCUGAGGGAAGAAUUCCUUAUAUUUUUUCUUCCAACUUUGCCCAAAUAGUGGGUUCCUGCAAUGGCUUAUUGUGUAUCGCUGAUUAUGGAAAUGUUAGAGAUAUAUAUUUGUGGAACCCCAGCCUUAGAAAAUUCAAGAAGUUGCCUCAUCCUUGCUUAUCAAGGCCAAGCUUUGCUUUACUCAGAUUUGCUUAUCAUUCCCAGAAUAAUGACUACAAGGUUGUCAGGAUUUCAUCUUCCCCUUUGUCUCUACAUGAGAUUGAGGUGUACACAUGUUUGGAUUCAUGGAGAAGGGUUGGAUUCAACUUGAAACCCGAUCUUAAGUUCUUUGAUAAAGAUCAUUUUUUGCCAACCCCAUUGGUUAGUGGAGCUUUACACUGGAUGGCAGUUAUGAGAGAAGGAGAAGAAAAUCACAAGGAUAAAAAUAUGAUUAUGUCAUUCGAUGUCAAUAGUGAGGUUUUCGGAAAGCUAGCACUGCCUCAUGUUUCUAUCGAUGCCGACAACCUUCAUAGAUGUCUUGCAUCAUUCAAGGGGAAAUUGGCUUUCAUUACAUCUGGACACGGUGAACAAAUUGGCUUUCGGCACUCCAUAUGGGUGAUGAGGGAGUGUGGUGUGGUUGAGUCUUGGAAUAAACUUUUUGUUGUACCAUUUCCCCAACAAACUGAUUGCAUUGCCUUUACCGAGUAUGGUUCACUUCUGACUUUUUGCUUCAUCCACAGCAGUCCACUAGAGAUGCAGAAAUACAAAUUGCUUUUGAUUGAUGCCUAA